AUGGAAAUGAAAUAUGAACAAGAUCGUCAGCACGAUGACGAGCAAGAUGGUGGGCGAUACCAUCAGCAAGAUGUCAAGCAAGAUCACCAGCAAGAUGUCGAGCAAGAUGAUGAGCAAGAUCGUCAGCAAGAUGGUGGGCGAUACCAUCAGCAAGAUGUCAAGCAAGAUGACGAGCAAGAUGUCGAGCAAGAUGACAAGCAAGAUGGCGGGCGAUACCAUCAGCAAGAUGUCAAGCAAGAUCACCAGCAAGAUGUCGAGCAAGAUAACGAGCAAGAUCGUCAGCAAGAUGACGAGCAAGAUGGUGGGCGAUACCAUCAGCAAGAUGUCCAGCAAGAUCACCAGCAAGAUGUCGAGCAAGAUCGUCAGCAAGAUGACGAGCAAGAUGGUGGGCGAUACCAUCAGCAAGAUGUCAAGCAAGAUGUCGAGCAAGAUAACGAGCAAGAUCGUCAGCAAGAUGACGAGCAAGAUGGUUGGCGAUACCAUCAGCAAGAUGUCAAGCGAGAUCAUCAGCAAGAUGUCGAGCAAGAUGACGAGCAAGAUCGUCAGCAAAAUUGUGAACAUGACCGUUAG